AUGGCCUCCAACACCUUUUCGGACUUCAAGCUGGCUUCUGAGCUCCCAGCCUGGGCCAAGCUACAACAAAUCUACGACAACAAGAGCAAGUCGUUGAACGUCAAAGAGGAAUUUGCCAAGGACAGCCAGCGUUACGCUAAAUGGUCUAAGACUUUCAAGAAUUACGACGGGUCUGAGAUCUUGUUCGACUUUUCCAAGAACUUGGUCGACGACGAGGUCUUGGCCGCUUUGAUCGAGUUGGCCCAGCAAGCUAAGGUCACCGACUUGAGAGACGCCAUGUUCAAGGGUGAGCACAUCAACUUCACCGAAGACCGUGCCGUGUACCACGUUGCGUUGAGAAACAGAGCCAACAAGCCUAUGUCUGUGGACGGCAAGAACGUGGCUCCAGAAGUGGACGCUGUGUUGCAGCACAUGAAGGAGUUCUCGGAACAAGUCCGUUCCGGUGCCUGGAAGGGUUACACCGGCAAGAGCAUCACCGACGUGGUCAACAUCGGUAUCGGUGGCUCCGACUUGGGCCCUGUCAUGGUCACUGAGGCCCUCAAGCACUACGCUGGCAACAUCAAGGCUCACUUCGUGUCCAACAUCGACGGUACUCACAUUGCCGAGACCUUGAAUUUGUGCGACCCAGAAACCACCUUGUUUUUGAUCGCUUCCAAGACUUUCACCACUGCUGAAACCAUCACCAACGCCACCAGCGCCAAGAACUGGUUCCUAGCCAAGACCGGUGGCGACGCCGCCAACAUCGCCAAGCACUUCGCCGCGUUGUCGACCAACGCUGAGGAAGUGGCCAAGUUCGGUAUUGACACCAAGAACAUGUUCGGUUUCGACAGCUGGGUCGGUGGUCGUUACUCCGUGUGGUCUGCCAUCGGUCUUUCCGUGGCUCUAUACAUCGGCUUCGACAACUUCGACGCCUUCUUGAAGGGUGCCGAAGCUGUGGACAAGCACUUCGUCGAGACCCCUCUAGAAGACAACAUCCCACUAUUGGGUGGUUUGUUGUCCGUGUGGUAUAACAAUUUCUACGGUGCCCAGACCCACUUGGUGGCUCCAUUUGACCAAUACUUGCACAGAUUCCCUGCCUACUUGCAACAAUUGUCGAUGGAAUCCAACGGUAAGAGUGUGACUCGCGGCAACGUGUUUUCCAACUACUCUACCGGCUCCAUCUUGUUCGGUGAACCAGCCACUAACGCCCAGCACUCUUUCUUCCAACUGGUCCACCAAGGUACCAAGGUCAUCCCAUCCGACUUCAUCUUGGCUGCCCAAUCCCACAAUCCUAUCGAGGACAACUUGCACCAGAAGAUGUUGGCUUCCAACUUCUUCGCCCAAGCUGAAGCCCUAAUGGUCGGUAAGAACGAGGCUCAAGUUGAGUCCGAGGGUGCCACUGGCGGUCUCGUUCCACACAAGGUUUUCUCCGGUAACAGACCAACUACUUCUAUCUUGGCCCAAAAGAUCACCCCUGCUGCCUUGGGUGCCUUGAUUGCCUACUACGAGCACUUGACCUUCACCGAAGGUGCUAUCUGGAACAUCAACUCCUUCGACCAAUGGGGUGUUGAGCUAGGUAAGGUUUUGGCCAAGGCUAUCGGUAAGGAACUUGACGGUUCUGAAAAGGUUGAGGCCCACGAUGCCUCUACCAACGGUCUAAUUAACCAGUUCAAGGCCUGGUUGUAA